AUGUAUUGGAAGAGCGACCCGAUGUUCGUGUGCCGGCUAGACGACAAGGACCUGCCCGCGCUCGGCGCCUCCUCGGACAAGGUGAGUGUGCGGCCGGGGAGCUCCGGGAUCUGCCGGGUCGGGUCGGCGGCGCUGACCGCGCUUCCCACGCUGCCCCAGGCGAGCCCCGCGGCGGCCGACGAGGACUCGUGCUCUUCCUCCGCCGCCCUGUCGCCCUCCUCCUCGCCGCGGUCCAUGGCCUCGGGCUCUGGCUGCGCCCCCAGCAAGUGCGUGUGCAGCAGCUGCGGCCUGGAGAUCGUGGACAAGUACCUGCUCAAGGUAAAUGAUCUCUGCUGGCACGUGCGCUGUCUCUCAUGCAGUGUGUGCAGGACGUCCCUAGGGCGGCACACCAGCUGCUACAUCAAGGAUAAGGACAUCUUCUGCAAACUCGAUUAUUUCAGGCGCUACGGCACCCGCUGCUCCCGCUGCGGCAGGCACAUCCACGCCACCGACUGGGUCCGCAGGGCGAAGGGGAACGUCUAUCACCUGGCCUGCUUCGCCUGCUUCUCCUGCAAGCGGCAGCUUUCUACCGGCGAGGAGUUUGCCUUGGUCGAGGAGAAAGUGCUGUGCAGAGUGCAUUACGACUGCAUGCUGGACAACCUGAAGAGAGAGGUUGAAAAUGGUAACGGGAUUAGUGUGGAAGGAGCACUACUAACAGAGCAAGAUGUUAAUCACCCCAAACCAGCAAAGAGAGCUCGGACCAGUUUCACAGCAGACCAGCUCCAGGUCAUGCAAGCGCAGUUCGCUCAGGACAAUAACCCGGACGCACAGACGCUGCAGAAGCUGGCAGAGAGAACAGGCCUGAGCAGGCGCGUGAUACAGGUCUGGUUCCAGAACUGCCGCGCGCGCCACAAGAAGCACGUCAGCCCCAACCACUCGUCCGCCGCCCCCGUCUCUGCCGCGCAGCCCUCCCGCCUGUCCCCCCCCAUGCUGGAGGAGAUGGCCUAUGCCGCCUACGUGCCCCCCGACGGCACCAUGCUCACUGCGCUGCACACCUACAUGGACGCUCAUUCACCUACGGCGCUCGGCCUCCAGCCUUUGCUACCCCACUCGAUGACACAGCUGCCCAUCAGCCACACCUAA